GGAGACACGACUCUUGCUCUCUCACGACACGACUCACUCACGCGCAACCCUCGCUCCGCUCUCUCUUGUGCUGCUUCAAACCACUCUCUCAUCUCUAUGAUCUAGGCCAGAAAGAAAAUUCGAUGAGAGUGCCAGUUUGUAUGUGUUGUGCUAUGCAUCAUCCAUUUUAGUGAUUGGAUAGUGUGUAUGCGUGCAUAUAUGAUGGAUUAUACAUCUUUUACGAUGAGGAGAGAAGAAAAAAACAUGAGAAUGAGUGCUGAAAAGAAGAAGAUGAAGCUUCUGUGUUAUGUGAUAAAAAAAACAGCGAUUUGAAUAGUGUGUUAUGGGGUUUGUGAAUGUGAGAUUGAGAAAGUGAACCCUCGUUGUUAAUGAGUAUUUUUAAUAACAAGAUGAGUGUUGUUGCCGAUUCUCCUGUACAUUCGUCCAGCAGUGAUGACUUCAUUGCAUUUCUUGAUGCUGAACUAGAUGCAAGUUCACCCAACUUGUCACCAGAUGAUGAAGCCGAAAACCAGGAUGAUCUUGAGAGUGUCAGAAUUAAAAGGCGUAAAUUUGAAAGCAUUGAGGAAACUAAGGGGUCUACUUCAGAAGGAAUCAUUGAACGAAAUUUAGAGGCAUCUACGGAGGUAGAUGCAUGUACCCAUCCUGGCUCUUUUGGAAAUAUGUGUAUACGUUGUGGGCAAAAGUUGGAUGGGGAAGCCGGUGUGACAUUUGGGUACAUACAUAAGGGACUGAGACUGCAUGAUGAGGAAAUUUCUAGAUUGCGCAAUACAGACAUGAAGAGCUUGUUAUGUCGUAAAAAGCUCUACUUGGUUCUUGACCUAGAUCACACACUGUUAAAUUCCACUCACCUUGCUGAUUUGAGUUCAGAAGAGUCGUAUUUACUUAACCAGACAGAUUCUCUAGGAGAUGUCUCCAAAGGUAGCCUUUUCAAAUUGGAGCAUAUGCAUAUGAUGACCAAGUUGAGGCCCUUUGUCCGCCCAUUUCUAAAAGAAGCAAGUGAAAUGUUUGAGAUGUACAUAUAUACUAUGGGUGAUCGGCCUUAUGCAUUAGAGAUGGCUAAGCUACUUGAUCCUCAAGGAAAAUAUUUCAAUGCUAAAGUUAUUUCUCGAGAUGAUGGGACUCAACAGCGUCAAAAAGGUCUUGAUGUUGUGUUAGGGCAAGAAAGUGCAGUCCUAAUUCUUGAUGAUACAGAACACGCAUGGAUGAAGCAUAAAGAUAAUCUGAUACUGAUGGAAAGAUACCAUUUUUUUGCUUCAAGUUGUCGGCAGUUUGGUUUCAAUUGCAAAUCCCUUGCCGAACUGAAGAGCGAUGAAGAUGAAUCUGAUGGAGCACUUGCUAAAAUUCUCAAAGUGCUCAAGCAAGUCCAUUGCAUAUUUUUUGAUAAACAUCAAGAAGAUCUUGUUGACCGAGAUGUGAGGCAGGUUUUGUCGUCAGUUCGAAGUGAAGUCUUAAGUGGAUGUGUGAUCGUUUUCAGCCGUAUUUUUCAUGGUGCAUUACCAUCUCUGCAGAAGAUGGCGGAGCAGAUGGGAGCUACUUGUUUGACAGAAAUUAACUCCUCUGUGACACACGUAGUUGGUACUGAUGCUGGAACCGAGAAGUCCCGGUGGGCAGUGAAAGAAAAUAAGUUCUUGGUUCAUCCCCGAUGGAUAGAGGCUGCAAAUUAUUUUUGGCAAAAGCAGCCUGAGGAGAACUUCAUUAUAAAAAAAAAGCAGUAGUCACAUUUCUUGUAGUAUCAAACACUGCCGUGUUCAUAAUAGUUUGUUUAUUAUAGUUGCCCAAGUCUCUGAAAGGAUUUCUAAUACCUAACCAACAACUUUCUUCAGAUUGUGAAACUUGAACAGUCAACUUACCAUUUGAGUAGAAAAUAGAACCAUUUUUUACUUUAAUUCGUUUACAUUUGGAAUAUUUGUUUUCUAUCGUAGUUUUGAUGAGGGAGGCACCGGAA